AUGGAUUCUAUACUUAUUCAAAAAUCCUUCAAAUCAAAAAGUACAAACUUUAUUUUUGAAGAAAAUAAUAGUGUUAAUAAUGGAGAAGGUUCUUUGACAAAUCAAUUGUUGGAUAGUAAAAUUCAAUUUGAUGAUGAUCCUAGUAAUAAUGACAAAGAAAACGAAAUUGUUGAUUAUUAUGAGAAAAAAUCUAUAGAUCACAGUAAUUCUUAG